UGCGGGCUGCGGGAGAACAGGAGUGAUCUGUGCAAUCGACUACACCCAGAAGCUGCUGAAGGACGGAAUUGUUCCAGUGAACUUCAGUAUUUUCAGUCUGAUCCAGGAAAUGCGCACGCAAAGGCCUUCCAUAGUGCAGACCAAGGAGCAGUAUGAGCUGGUUUAUGACGCGGUGAUUGAGCUCUUCAAAAGGCAGAUUAAAGCACUUGAUGCCCAGGAAUAUUCUGCUGCUUCCCAGGUACAAACAAGGCAUCCUGUAUCCAAGCCACUUCUGACUCCAGUGGAAGAUAUUCAUUCUCUGAGAUUACUAACCUGCUCAGAGCAAGAGGAACAGGAUGUGCAUCAACAUCUUCCUCCAGCGGUACAAAGCAAAGCAUCCCUGACACUGUUGUCUGCCACGAGAGUACAGGACAGCUCUGGACGUGAGGUCCCUCCCAUCAGACAGGCCAUCUCCUUUGGCACUCUGAACUUCAUCAACUGCAGGAAGGCAGCUGCUGCUGAGAAGUGGGGCGCUGGGGAUGCUCUCCAGAAACACCACAGUUUGGAGUUCAACAGCAUCUCUCCUGAGCAGCUGCUUGGGAACCUGGGUCCGAAGGGAGCAGGCAGGAGAUGGCCUCGUGGCAGACCACCUCUGACAAGGACUGCAUCGACCCCUUUCGUGCUGGCGCAGCGGGGAGAAGGCUGGGAAUGGGAUGGAGGGGGCGCAAAGCCUGUUUUGAGUUCGCAGUUGCCAAACGCCUGUUACUCAAGCUUUCAGGUGAAGAAGCAGGAUGGAUUUUCCCCUGUUGAGCUGAACCACUCAAGCCAAGAAGCGGACAGCCACCCAAGACGCAGGAACCAUGUGCAAUGUCCUUACCCUUACUUCUGCUCAGCAGAAGACCCCUACUUCUCUUCACUCUCUCCAGACGACCCCGUGUCCCCAGUGUUUACUGAGUGCUUAGCGGAGGGGCAGGAUGCGCUUCUCCCUUCUUGCACCGUGAGUGCCCCGCUGCAGCCUGCUGCGGCCAGCUCCCCGCCACCCAGGCCUGUUUGUCCUGCUGUGUGGUGCCAUGCCCGUAAUCUGUCCGUGUCUCCCCAAUUAGCCACCCUGCCGCAGCCAGACGAUGAUGAUCCUCCACCCUUGCCCGAGCGAACCCCCGAGUCCUUUAUUGUGGCCAGUGAAGCUGGACAAUUUCCUCUGGUCACUUCUGAUUUUCAGCUUCCGGACAGAAAUAAAAAUAUCGGAACCUCUUUGGAGUGGAGUGGUGAGUCCCACUCAGAGGUGUUUAAUGAGUCGGUGAGACUGAGACCAUGUAAGAGUAUGAAGCUUCGGAGCCCACAAACAG